AUGAUAGUAUGUGGGGUGAAGGUAGCUAGUUUAAAACCACCAACAACAGUAAGGAUCUUCGAUCGGAAUGAAUACUACAGCGUCCACGGCGAGGACGCAACUACGGCAGCUAGAGAGGUAUUUUCCUCCGUAUCCAACAUCAAGAAAAUGGGCUUAGAACCGGACCGACUCGACUAUCUCGUCCUCUCCAAAGGAAAUUUCGAGAUACUUAUAAGAAAGUUGUUACUGGUCAGGCGUUACAGAGUUGAGAUCUACGUGCCAGAAGGUUCGUCGAAGAAUAGCGAAUGGCGAUUGGAAUAUAAAGGAUCCCCUGGAAACCUAUCGCAGUUGGAGGAGGCUCUCGGUGAGGGUCUGGGUACCGCUAAUAAUAGCGCUCCAUGUUUGAUGGCGGUCAAUUUCAAAACGGACGCCGUGACAAAGGGAAGGCUGUUGGGCGUCGCGUGCUUAACCGCCGCCGAAUAUCAGUUCUGCGUUUCGGAGUUUACGGACGACGACCUGCUGACUGAGCUGGAGACCAUCACCGUGCAGAUGGCGCCUACGGAGUGCCUCGUUGUGCAAGGAGACAACGAAGACCAAAAGGCGCUCAAGAAAGUGAUGGAGAGGACGGACGUGACUGUCACCAAGCUGAAGAGGGGCGAGUUCAGCACGGAAGGCCUGGUCCAGGACCUGAACCGGCUGCUCAGGUUCAAGGAGGGCCAGCAGAAAGAUGCCAACGCUUACCCAGAAACGGCCAAAGAGCUGGCAAUGGGAUGCUUGGCAGCGGGGAUAAAGUACACCGCCCUUACGAGCGACAGCACCAACUUUGGACGGUUCCAGCUGUGCGGCAUCCAGGCGGACGGGUACCUGCACCUGGACGCGGCCGCCCUGAAGGCGCUCAACGUGCUGCCGGAGCUGGGCGACAACUGCAACGCGCCGUCGCGAAGCCUCUACGGCCUGCUGGACAGGUGCCGCACGCAGCACGGCAAACGAUUGCUGGCGCAGUGGCUGCGGCAGCCGUUGCGCGACACGCACCUGAUCAACGAGCGGCUGGACGUGGUGGAGGCGCUGGUGGGCAACUCCUCGCUGCGGCUGCAGCUGCACGACGACCACUUGCGCAGGGUGCCCGACCUGCAGGCGCUCGCCAGGCGCCUGGCCCGGCGCAGGGCCGGCCUGCAGGACUGCUACAGGAUCUACCAGGCGAUUGAUAGACUUCCAUCUCUUCUUCAAUGCCUCGCUCAGGCGGACAGUGCAACAAUACAUUCGUCACUAGCAGAACCGAUUUCUGAACUGCACGGAGAUCUUGAAAAAUUCCAGCAAAUGAUUGAAACCACUGUUGAUAUGGAAGCUGUUGAAAGAGGAGAAUUCCUAGUAAAACCAUCCUUUGAUGAACAACUGCAAAAUUUGCGGGAACAACUGGAUAAUUUGCAAUCCAAGGGAGAGAAAGAACUACGUACGGCAGCAAGUAAUUUAGACCUUGAAGCUGGAAAGAGUAUUAAGCUGGAGAAUAAUCCACAAAAUGGAUUCUAUUUUAGAAUAACAAUAAAGGAAGAACAGGCAAUCCGUGGCAACAAAAAGUACACAAUUAUUGAUACAGUAAAGGGUGGUGUGCGUUUCAAAAAUAGUGCAUUGGAUAGUUUAACAGAGGAUUAUGUUCAAACUAAAGAAGCCUAUGAGAAGGAACAGGAUAAAGUUGUCAGUGAAAUAAUCAACAUAGCAACCGGUUACUCGGAGUGCCUGUUCAGCCUUUCGCACGUGCUGUCCCGGCUGGACGUGCUGGUGUCGUUCGCGGUGGCGGCGACGGGCGCGCCCUCGCCCUACUGCCGCCCGCUUUUCGCCGAGGGCGCGGACGAGCUCGUGCUUAAGGAGCUGCGGCAUCCGUGCUUGGAGGUGCAGGAGGGCGUCUCCUACAUACCGAACGAUGUCGUAUUCAAACGCGGCGAGUGCCUGAUGCACGUGGUGACGGGCGCGAACAUGGGCGGCAAGUCGACGUGGAUGCGGUCGGCGGGCGCGGCGUGCGUAAUGGCGCAGGCGGGCGCGCUGGUGCCGGCCAAGGAGGCGCGGCUGCCCGCGCUCAGGGCGCUGCUGGCGCGCGUCGGCGCCGCGGACCGCGAGCAGCGCGCGCAGAGCACCUUCAUGCUCGAGAUGUUCGAGACCGCCGCCGUGCUGCGGACCGCCACACCCAAUUCUUUGGUGCUAAUUGAUGAGCUGGGACGGGGAACGUCGACAUAUGAAGGAUGUGGAAUUGCUUGGGCCAUUGCAGAGAAGCUGGCGACGGAGUGCCAGUGCUUCUGCAUGUUCGCGACGCACUACCACGAGCUGACCCGGCUCGCCGCCUUGCACCCGGGGCUCAUCGCCAACUCGCACGCGGAGGCGUCCGUGGUGGGGCAGCAAUUGGUGCUGUUGCAUAAAAUUGUCCCGGGCCCCGCCGCCCACUCGUUGGGGCUGCACGUGGCCAAGUUGGCCGACCUGCCGGACUCCAUUAUCCAGUACGCCGAGGAAAAACAAGCUCAACUGGAAACUAACCUCUUCGAAAUCGAGUCAUCUGUUGAAUCUCAAGAGAGCUCUGAAGGACAGCAAAUAAUUUUAGAUUUCUUACGUAAAUGCAAGCAAAUUCAGGAGACAUUCAAAUCUGACGAGGAAAUGAUGGAAGAAAUUAAUAAGCUAAAACAAGAAUUGCUGCAGAAAAACAGCAAAUACGUACAGUCUCUUAUGACGUGC